GGAGUGAAUCUGAGAUGUGCAAUUGACAGCAUCAGGCGAUCAACAGGCUAUCCCUGCUGAUUACACUAUAUAUUACACCAACUGCUACCAAAAACGAGAGCCACGAGGAUAGCAAUGGCGGAAGCAAGAACCAUUGGAUCUCUCCCGGUGCCUAAUGUGCAGGAGCUUGCAGGAACUUGCAAUGGCCCUGAUGAACAGAUACCUGAGAGGUACAUCAGGCCAGAAGCUAGUUCUGAGGAGGUCAUCAUCGACGACCACGGUAACAUGGCGAUUCCGAUCAUCGAUCUCGAGAAGUUGCUUUCUCCUCGAUCAUCAGAAGAGGAAUGUGUGAAGCUGAGAUCUGCCUGUCAGUACUGGGGGUUCUUUCAGGUCAUCAACCAUGGAGUGCCAGAUGAGGUGAUUGCAAACCUCAGGAACGACUUGGUUGAGUUCUUCAGGCAGCCACUGGAUGCCAAGAAGGAAUACUCCCAGCUACCCAACAGUCUUGAAGGCUAUGGACAGGGUUUCGUCGUGUCUGACGACCAGAAACUAGACUGGGCAGACAUGCUGUACCUUCAAGUUCAACCUAGCGAUUCGAGGGACUUGAGAUUCUGGCCAACUUACCCUGCAUCUUUCAGGCAUUCCAUUGAUGCAUACUCAUCAGAGUUAGAAAAAACUGCACUUUGCUUGUUGCAAUUCAUGGCCAAGGCCGUCGACGUCGAGCCAAAGUCACUGCUAAGCAUAUUUGAAGGGCAAGCCAGGGGCAUGAGGAUGAACUACUACCCACCGUGCUGGCAAGCUGACAAGGUGCUGGGCCUGUCGCCGCACACUGAUCCGGCUGGUCUGACACUACUUCUCCAGGUGAACGACGUGCAGGGCCUGCAUAUCAAGAGGGAUGGCAAGUGGUUCUCUGUGAACGCUUUGAAUGGUGCACUCAUCGUUAACAUUGGUGACACACUUGAGAUAGUAAGUAACGGAAAGUUCAGAAGCGUUGAGCACAGGGCCGUGAUACAUCCAAGCAAGGAGAGGAUUUCGGCAGCACUGUUCCAGUAUCCGUGCCAGGAUCUCUUGAUCAACCCUCUGCCAGAAUUUGUGAAAGAUGGUCAAGUGCAUUACAGAACAAUAAGUUACCAGGAUUUGCUGACGGAAUACUUCACAACGGAGCUUGAUGGAAGGAAUCGACUAGAUAAACUGAGGUUGGAGCCGUAGCCAUCGACCGACCAUGAUGCCUGUAACGAGAUUCUGAGAAGAACCCUAGCGAGUUGUGUGCACUAUCCUACUUAUUGUUGUCUCUACUAUCUAAGAUAUCACGAACAGUACUGUUCCUUCCCAGCCAUGGUGCAUUUUCAGGCUUAAUACACGAAUUAGUUAUGCCUUUCCCUUAAAAAAAUAGUUAUGCCUGUAAACCGCGCUGAACAUGUUCAAUUUGAUGAAACAGACACGAGACUCUAGCCUAUAUUCCAUGUAAUAC